AUAAGUCGUUUGGGCAAUUUUUUCUUUAUUUAUUAAUGUCAUGUGUAUAAAGAUAAUGUACUCACCUAUUAAUGAACAUUUAAAGAAAAAGACAUUUGAUUGUCGAUUGAAGACUUUAUGUAUAAGAAUCAAAGAUAAGUUGAGAACUAGUGAGAAAAGUAGAAGGUUGGGUGUCCCUCUGAUGACGGUUGCAGGAAGGUGCCAUCACAAUAAAAAUUGUACGCAACACGCAACAGAAAUAAAUCUUGGACCAGAGUGAAAUAAUACAAGUGUACGGUUACCAGUUAUCAAAGUUUAAAUAUUAUUUAUUAUCUCUAUUAUAUUAACUGUAAUUAAUUCUGAUGUUUGAUAUUCGUAUUAUAAAUAUGUAUAAUUGGUUUCUUUUCUGGUAAAUUACUUAGUGUUGACGUUUGAUAUUCUACGAAAAUUGGACUAUUUAAUUUAUCAUAUUACUUACAAUUUCAGAAAUAUUACAUUAUAAAAUAUAUACAUAUAUUCGUUGCAUUAUAUUAUCCUGAAGAGUUCAAAUAUUUAAAAUAAUUUAUCGUAUAUCUUUUUUUAGGUCUGGGUUAGGGUUAAAAAGUAGAACAAUAAUAAAUAAUGAUAAAUAAUAAUGAAAAUAAUAAUUACAGAAAUAAAAAUGUUCAAGCACUUUAAGAUUAAUUAAAAAACAUUUUCCAUAAUAAGUGACAGAGGAAAAAGAGAAAAUCCUACUUUGUGUACAAAAUCUUUUACAGAAUAUAUGACUGUAUUUGCAUCGGUAUUAAUAAAAAAUUUCAUACUGGCAAAUAUCUUAUGAACGAAGGGAUUAUAUUAAUUUUUUAUUUGUUAAACGAAAAUAUUUUUUGACGGCUAACAUUUGUAAAUAUUUAAAUGAUUUAUUUUUGACAAAGACAAAUCUCUACACAUUUUUUUUCUAAAAUAUUGGUAAUAUAUAAUAUCGUCAAAGAAAAGAAAAAUUAUAUUUGUAUAAUUUUAACUGGUGACUAUCGUGCAAGAUUUAAUACAUAAUUGACAAUGUCAAAAUAUUGUGACAUAUGUUCGAUAUACUUUCAAAAUGAGUAUGCCUUGCAAGGUCAUCUUGUAGGUAAAAAACAUUUGAAAAGACAUCAACUGGCUCAAAUCAUGGAAAUGUCAAUUGUUGUAUCACCCUUGCCAAAAUUUAUUUAUGGGCACAAACUUCUUCAACUUUUCGCAAAAUUUGGUACAAUUAAACACCACCGAUUUCAUCAAGAUUGUCUUACUAUACAAUAUUGCGACAGAAAAUCUGUAGAAGUUGUACUAAGUAAACCUAUUUGGGUACAUAAUGUAUUAUUGAAUAUAGAAAGAAGAGUAUUUACUAAUCAUACAGAGAAAAUGAAAUCAGCGAAGGAAAAUAAAAGUGAAAUAUGUUAUGAGAAUAUAAAACAUAUAUUUCAAGAAGAAACUACAUUUGAUAAUCAAUUAGUAACACUUUUAAAUACAACGCAACUUACUGAGAUGGAAGUUAAAACAAAAUAUGAAUGCAUUUGUGUGCACCUAUGCAUGAUACUUAAAACAGUAUUCCCUAAGUGUGAAGUGUACAAAUUUGGUUCAACUCGAACAGGACUAGGAUUUAAAGAUUGUGAUUUAGAUAUAUAUGUAGACAUUGGCAUGCCAAUAUUUGAACCUAAUAAAAACGCACCACGAACUUCAUGGACUAUGCAAAAAAUUUUUACAAACGUAAAAACAAUUUUAUACCGAAUGAAUACCACUUUUUCUUGUAUAAUACCAAUUUUGAAAGCUAAAACACCCAUUAUAAAAUGUUGUUACGUCCGAACAAAUGUUUUUUGUGAUAUUUCGUUUAAAAAUAGUUUAGGUAUAUAUAAAAGUGAUUUGUUAAAACAUUGCAUUUCUCUCGAUGGUAGAUUAAAGCCGUUAAUGAUGCUUAUUAAAUAUUGGGCACUGCAUUUUAAAAUAUCAGGUACUGGAAAAAUAUCUAGUUAUGGUUUGAUGUUGUUAAUUAUCUUUUAUCUUCAACAGCCGUCGAUUAAUAUUAUUCCACCUUUGAUCAAACUUAAGGAAACUUGCCAACCGCAAAUUAUAAAUGGGUGGCAAGUUAAUUUUGACAAAGAUGCAGUGUUACCUCCAGUUACUAAUACAAGUAGCAUUCCACAACUCCUUCAUGGUUUUUUUGAUUUCUAUGCAAAUUUUGAAUUUAAAUCACGAGUAGUCUGUCUAUUAGAUGGAAUGGUACAUACAGAAUCAGAAUUUAAAGAUACUGAAAAUCUACCACAAUAUAUGGAUAGGUAUAAAGCGUGUGUAGAAGAAGAUGACAAUCUUAAGUUAGUUACCAAUCUAAUGUGUAUCCAAGAUCCUACAGAACUUAAUGAUAACGCUCUAAAAAGUACACCAUUUUCAAUAAUUGACACUUUCCAACAAUAUUGUGAGCUUGGUGCUCAAGUUUGUGCAGCAAAUAGUAAAGAUGAUGGUAAAGAUUUAUUGAACACCUUGUUUACCACAGAGCUAAAAAAGAAAACUACCAACCAUAAAUUUGUAGCUGUAAUUUGUACAAAUCACUUACAGAACCUUAAUAAAUCAAAUACAACGGAUGCAUCUACAGAUACAAAAAAAUUUAAAUCUGCUGAGAUCGAUUAUUAUGAUACCAUUUGUAACAUAACUAAAGAUAUUUUUGAAAAUGUUUUCAAAAUGCAGGUUGAGACUGUUACUGCUAGCGAAGAAGCAAAACAAAACACUGAAAUGCAUUGUAUUGGUUCUCAGUGCGUAUGGCGGAAUAGAAAAAUGAAUGGCAUUGUUUUAGAUCCUAGUUUGAGUUGUUUGGAAAAAGAAGCUUUUAUAUCGGAACAAACUAUCGAAAAUAAUAAGAAAAAAGCAACAAGUAAAGUAAACUUAGAUUUGACGUAUACGCUCAAGAAAAAGAAGUUACAUUCCCCGAAGGUAAUCUUAACUGUAAGUAAUCAAAAUGGUGCUGAAAGUGUUUUUCAAGAAUUUACAAAUUUUGCUAAAAGUAAAUUACUCAAGAUAAUAGACCAAACAUUGCUACGCAUGCAAUGCAAGUGCUAGGCCCCCUUAAAUUAUAUGUGAAUAAUAUGAACAGAUAUUAAAUAUACAAUUAUGGACCAAAGCUAUUAGAGGUGUGCAAGACUCUGAAAAUGUCAGGAACCCAUAAUAUACAUUAUAGUAUGAGGUUUGUGGAGAAAGUAGGCCACUGUAUAUGAUCGUGAGUGUAUGUUUGCCCCAUUAGAGUUAGAUACACCAGAUAUGUAAAACAUGCCAAAAAGAAUUGUAGUAUAGAAUUGUAGUAGAUAUUAAAGUAUUCGUUAUUGUUCUAGUCAUUAUAUGUAAUUUAUUUAUAAUACUACCAUAAACAUAACAGUUAUAAAAACUGUUGAAUGAAAAUAAUUUACCAAAUGUAUUACUAAAGAAUAUAUUUUAUUUUAAAUUAACGGGUAGAAAAGCUAAUUUCUCCACGUUUUUCACAAGUACCCUUACUCUCUGCUGUGCUGCAUUUUGUAAUAUUAAAUUUAUUAUUUAAAAAGUUGAGCAACUUUAAUUUUCAUAUUCAUUAUUAUGAUUAUGCUCAUUUUUUGUUUUAUCUUAUGUUCUUUAAAACAAUUGAUUGCUUCCUGCUUCUCUUUGUGUUAUAAGAAAUGAUGUUUAACUUGUGGAUCCAAUAGCAUCGUUUGCAUUAAAAUAGUAUUUAGUUACUAAGCUAAAAUUUUGAACAUCGUCGAGGGUUUCGGAACCCGUCCCAACCCGAACCGAUAUUUUCGGGUUCUUGCACAUCUUUAA